AUGUCAACUGGAUCAUCAACUAUAGUAGCAGCUACUAGUAGUGGUACACCAUCAUCAGCCCGGCCUACACAACAAGCAUGUAUUGCUGAACCAUUAGUAGAAAUAAAACAUAAUUGGUUAAUUAAAAAUGUUCAACAUAGCAGAGAUGGAGAUGAAUAUACAAGUGAAUUAUUUCCAUGUACAAAUUGCUCAACUAGUUGGAUUAUGCGUCUUUAUCCAUCCUAUUGUGAACGUAACAGUAUUUUUGUUAAAUUUUAUGUUUUUAUGAUUAAGCCAAAAUUGCGUACAAUUAAAGCUGAAGUUAUAGUUACAUGUGAAUAUAAUGAAGAAGAAAUUUAUAAAUAUACAUGGUCAAAUGCUAGUUUUUAUUGUGAUCCGAGUGAAUCAUUCGAUAUAAAACGUAAUUAUGUUAUAUCUAAUUUUUUAAAAUCAUAUAUUUCAUCAUCACGUGAUCGUCUAUUAUCAUGCCCAUCGUUAACGAUAACACUUCAAAUACGCCCAAUGUGUGAUGCAUCAGGAUGUGAUGAUUUACGUUUAAUUAAAGUACGAAAUGGAAAUACAAUUAUUGAUGAACCAUCAUUUACUUAUCAGUGGGUUAUUGAGGAUUUUAAUACAAAAACAAAGUUAUGCUAUGAAGAUGAAUGUCUUGAAAGUUCAAUAUUUACAUUUGAACAUAAAUUAGAUCGAAAUUAUGUACAUUUAAAUAAUUGUUUUCAAUUAUCAUUAACACUUCAACGUGAACAAAAUAUGAUUUUAAUGCUAUAUCAUUUAAGAUUACGUAUUAAAAAACAUUUACAAUAUAAAUUUCGUAUAGAAUUUUUCGUUCGUGCUAAUUUUUCAACACGUUUACUUAAAAUGAGUGAUAUAGUUGAUCCAGUUGAUGAAUACAUAUUUGAUCCAUUUACAAGUAAAGAAUUAAGUGAUUGUACACAACAAUAUAAUUCUAGUCCAUGUUUGGUUUUUUUUGCACGUAUUGUACUGUAUGGACAAGAAAGUAAUUCAAAAUUAUGUUUAAAUCUAUUGGAUGAAAAUUUAUUUUUAAAUAAUUGUAAAACAAAUACAUCAUUAACAAAAGAAUUAUUUCAUACAGGAAAAUUUUCUGAUAUUAAAAUUAAAGUUGGUACAAAAGAAUUUGAUGUUCAUCGCUGUAUACUUUCCAUAUCAAGUGAAGUAUUUGAACGUAUGUUUUUAUCUGAUAUGAUUGAAACACGUUCAAAUGUAAUUGAAAUAAAUGAUAUAUCAGAUGAUAUAUGUGAAGAAAUGCUUCGUUUUAUUUAUUGUAAUGAAAUAAAACAUUUAGACAUAAAUGCAUUAGAUCUUUUAUAUGCAGCCGAUAAAUAUGCUAUUGAAAAUUUAAAAAUAUUAUGUAUACAAUCAUUAAUCAAUACAUUUACAUUUGAAACAGCAGCUGAAAUGCUUAUUAGAGCAAAUAUUUAUAAUUCAAAAUUACUCAAAGAUAAUUUACUUGUAUUUAUUAAAACAUAUAGUAAAGAAGUAUUUGCAACAGAACAAUGGAAACAAUUAGAACGAACACAACCAUAUCUUCUUGUUGAUGUGUUACGAUUUUUGGCUAAUGGAACAUACACAUAA